AUGUGAGAGGGAGAAACCCCCUCCUCUCCUCCUUAACUAUCCGAUCAGCAACGGAGGGAUUAGUCAAGCCAGGUCCGAUCACUCACUACUAACACACGGGGGGGGGGGAUUGUAAAACGUGAAUCAUGCUCGUCGUCAUUACUACCGACUGGGAGUGGAGCCGAAAUUGUGCAAGAUACGGAUAACAGCGAAAGAAGGUCCGUGUGUGGAUCGAGUCAAGUUUCCCAGGUCUCCUCAUUCUGCCGUGAAAAUGCCUCACCAGGAGCUCUACUGCCACCGCUGCUGCUCGGACCCUCACACGCACUUCAUGCUGAAGAAGUGACCUGGAGAAACCUGCAAGGAGCAAAACACCAACAGCGUGCGGGAUAUUUUAGAUUUGUUUUCGCCGUGCGGAGAUUUUUGUGAAGUGGACGAGGCAGGGAAGGAGCUGGAGGUGGAGGAGGUGGAGGGGGGAGAGUUGUACUUGUUGGUGUGAAAGCGCAGCGGAGGAAACAUGGGGAACGCAGGGAGCAUGGACCAGCACACUGAUUUCAGAGGACACAACAUGCCUCUAAAACUCCCCAUGCCGGAGCCAGGUGAACUGGAGGAAAGAUUUGCCAUCGUUUUGAACUCGAUGAAUCUUCCUCCAGACAAAGCUCGACUGUUGCGGCAGUACGACAACGAGAAGAAAUGGGAACUCAUCUGCGAUCAGGAGCGAUUCCAAGUGAAAAACCCCCCUCACACGUACCUCCAAAAGUUGAGGAGUUAUCUCGAUCCGGCAGUCACAAGAAAGAAAUUUAGACGGAGAGUUCAGGAGUCCACCCAAGUCCUGAGAGAACUGGAAAUUUCGUUACGGACCAAUCAUAUAGGGUGGGUGAGAGAAUUCUUAAAUGAAGAGAACAAAGGCCUAGACGUGCUGGUGGAGUAUCUGUCUUUUGCACAGUAUGCCGUCACGUUUGAUGGAGACUGUGUGGAGAACAACCCCGACGCUGUGAUGGAUAAGUCAAAGCCCUGGAGCCGCUCUAUAGAAGACCUACAUGGUGGGAGCACCCUGCCGUCUCCCAUCACCGGGAACGGCAUUACACGAGCCGGGCGACACUCCACGUUACGUUGUAACACACUGCCCAGCCGGAGAACACUGAAAAACUCCAGACUGAUCUGUAAGAAAGAUGAUGUUCACGUUUGCAUCAUGUGCCUACGCGCUAUCAUGAACUAUCAGUAUGGCUUCAACAUGGUCAUGUCGCAUCCACACGCUGUGAAUGAAAUUGCACUAAGUCUCAACAAUAAAAACCCAAGAACUAAAGCUCUGGUCUUGGAGCUCCUGGCGGCAGUUUGUCUCGUGAGAGGAGGCCACGAAAUUAUUCUCUCUGCGUUCGACAACUUUAAGGAGGUAUGUGUGGAGGAACAGCGGUUUGAGAGACUAAUGGAGUAUUUCAAGAAUGAGGACAACAACAUUGACUUCAUGGUGGCAUGUAUGCAGUUCAUCAACAUUGUCGUGCACUCAGUGGAGGACAUGAACUUCAGAGUUCAUCUACAAUAUGACUUCACCAAACUGUGUCUGGAUGACUACUUAGACAAACUAAAACAUACAGAGAGCGAUAAGCUGCAGGUUCAGAUUCAGGCCUACUUAGACAAUGUGUUUGACGUGGGAGCCCUCCUGGAGGAUGCAGAGACCAAAAACGCAGCGCUGGAGCGCGUGGAGGAGCUGGAGGAGAACAUGUCACAUAUGACAGAGAAGCUGCAGGACACAGAGAAUGAGGCCAUGUCCAAGAUCGUGGAGCUGGAGAAACAGCUGAUGCAAAGGAACAAGGAUCUCGAUUCCAUCAGGGAAGUCUACAAAGAUACCAGCUCACAGGUACACACACUGCGGCAGAAAUUGAAAGAGAAGGACGAGGCCAUUCAGCGGCAGUGUAAUUUAGAGAAGAAAAUCCAUGAGCUGGAGAAACAGGGAACCAUCAAGAUCCAAAAGAAGGGAGAUGGAGACAUCUCCAUCUUGUCCUCACCACUCUCAGGAGGGGAGGGUUUGCCUGGCACUAUAAUGGGAGGAAACGGUGCAUCUGUCGGUCCACACCAUGUGGGAAGUGGAGUGGGCACAUCCACUCAGCCACCACCACCUCCGCCCCCUCCACUGCCAGAGAACGGCACAUUGCCAAAUGGUCCGUCAUCAAUUAGUCCUGCAGCAGCAGCAGCACCUCCCCCACCUCCACCACCUCCACCUCCACCUCCACCCCCAGGACCAGAGAUGUCAGUCCAUAUGCCCCCUCCGCCACCUCCUGUAGCCCCCCCACUGCCAGGCUGCGGGACCCCCACAGUCAUCAUGAACUCUGGGUUAGCAGCUGUUAAGAUCAAGAAACCCAUCAAGACAAAGUUCCGUAUGCCCGUCUUUAACUGGGUAGCCCUGAAACCCAAUCAGAUCAACGGGACUGUCUUCAAUGAGAUUGAUGAUGAGCGGAUACUCGAGGACCUGAAUGUGGAUGAAUUUGAGGAAAUGUUUAAGACGAAAGCUCAGGGCCAACCGAUUGACAUCACUAUGAGCAAGCAGAAGGUCAUCCAGAAGGGACCCAACAAGGUGACGCUGCUGGACUCCAACAGAGCGAAGAACCUGGCCAUCACACUGAGGAAAGUGGGCAAGACACCGGAGGAGAUCUGCAAGGCCAUUCAGAUCUUCGACCUGCGGACUCUGCCAGUAGACUUCGUAGAGUGUCUGAUGCGCUUCCAGCCCACAGAGAACGAGAUUAAAGUCCUUCGUCAGUUUGAAAAGGAGCGGAAACCACUUGAAAGCCUGACAGACGAGGACCGCUUCAUGAUGCAGUUUAGUAAGAUUGAGCGGCUCAUGCAGAAAAUGACCAUCAUGGCCUUCAUCGGCAACUUCUGCGAGAGCGUUCAGAUGCUGACACCGCAACUCCAUGCAGUCAUCGCAGCCUCUGUGUCCAUCAAAUCAUCACAGAAACUAAAGAAAAUUCUAGAGAUUAUUUUGGCACUUGGAAACUACAUGAACAGCAGCAAGAGAGGAGCUGUGUACGGAUUCAAGCUGCAAAGUUUAGAUUUGCUACUUGAUACCAAGUCGACGGACCGUAAGAUGACGCUGUUACACUACAUAGCCAAUGUGGUAAAGGAGAAAUACACACAAGUGUCUUUCUUUUACAACGAGCUGCACUAUGUGGAGAAAGCUGCAGCAGUGUCGCUGGAGAACGUCCUGCUGGACGUCAAGGAGCUGCAGAGAGGCAUGGACCUGACUAAAAGAGAAUAUAGCAUGCACGGCCACAACACCAUGCUGAAAGACUUCAUCACGCACAACGAGAGCAAGCUGAAAAAGCUGCAGGACGAUGCCAAGAUUGCACAGGAUGCCUUCGAUGAGGCGGUGAAGUUCUUCGGGGAGAAUUCCAAAACCACGCCACCGUCUGUCUUCUUCCCAGUGUUUGUGCGUUUUGUUAAGGCUUACAGGCAAGCGGAAGAGGACAACGAGCAAAAAAAAAGACAGGAGCAGAUUAUGAUGGAGAAACUUCUAGAGCAGGAGGCCAUGAUGGAGCAAGACCAGAAGUCUCCAUCUCAUAAGAACAAGCGGCAGCAGCAAGAGCUGAUCCAGGAGCUCAGGAAGAAACAGGUGAAAGACAGCCGCCAUGUCUACGAAGGCAAAGAUGGAGCGAUUGAGGACAUCAUCACGGAUUUGAGGAAUCAGCCUUACAGGCGAGCAGACGCUGUGCGGAGGAGUGUCAGGAGACGCUUUGAUGAUCAGAACCUGCGGCCGGUGAACAACGGCGAAGUGGUCAUGUGAUGAGGGAACAGUGCAUGUGCUCGGGGGGGGGGGGGGGGGGGGGGGGGGGGGGUAGUGAGGAUGUGUAGCAACAAGAGAGGGAGAGACAGAAGGUUGGAAGACGAGUGAAGGAUGAUAAGUGAAAGAUGGAUGUAGUAGCAAACAGAGAUGAGUAUAUGUAUGUGUAUAUAUAUAUAUAUAUAUAUUACAUAAGAAUACAUGUCAUUCCAUGUCUGUGGUAUAGUAGCAGCAGCUUUUCACUAUGAAGGAUUGGGACGUGUGUGGGACCGAAUUUAAAGAGUCUGAAAGGUUAAUUAAGAAACCUUAGACAAGCAAAGUGCCUGAACUUAUUUCAUUUUGUUUUUUAUAUCCCCACUUCAAGCAAUACAACUUGAGCUGGCUUUAAUCUUAAAGAUGUGUAAAACUGGACAUGCGGUGGCCUUAAGAAGCCACGCGAAGAGAUGCUCUUCCUCGGAGACAGGAUGUAGAAUGUAUGGGACAUGUUCCCCAUAGCUGUUACAAACAUUACAUCAUUGGUGUUGUUAAUGAUCUGUUGUAUCUUUGGUACAUUCCAGUACUCGUUUCCAUUCCACAAUACUAUACAUCAGUUUUCACAUCUCAUGAGGCUCCUCCAUUUUGACUAAAAGGGCUGAUGAUCAGGCAUGAAGAAAGCGAUCAGAAAGUGAUUAAAAUUCUAUAUUUGUACUAAAGCGAGUAUAGGGAGGAUGAAGAAUGAAUAAAAAGGUUUUCAACAAAAGACCGUGCUAAUGUGAAUUGUAUAUAUGAGGCCUCUUCAAACUGGUGCAUACUACCUUCUCUUGCAUCGUUUGUUGCUACAGUUAAAGGGUCACACCUGAUUUUGUAGCUCUUAAUCCAUAGUCGGGUGCAUGCUUACACAAAACAAUUAUUUCCAUUUAAAAUGUUGCAUUUCUGUUGCAACACAGCAACUGUCCAGUUUCUGGGAACAAGUCAAGCCUGUAAAUGACCUAAAAUACAUUUUCUGCCACAUGCAGAGCGUGCAAAGAAAGAUACUGAACCUUACUGGAUGAUCUCAAAACUGGAAAUAUACGUUAGCAUUUUUAUCUCUGUAAACUAGUUACAGGUUAAUCAUUUUCCCGGCUGCUGCGUCUGCGCAUUUAACUGUAAUUUUAAUGUAUAGUAUUUAACCACUGAAAAAGAUUCCUUAAAGCUCAUGUUUUCAUCUAAUGGGUCUCCAUGGUUUUUACAGCAAUUAUUUUAAAAACAUGGCAAAAGACAGUACACAACACACAAAAAAGUUUCCUAACUGUACAGAUAUUUUGCUACAAACCAUGUUUUGUUUUGUUUUUUACUUAAUUCACAUUACCAGAUGGUUAAUAUUGUACAUAUUGUUUAAACAAAGUUUUCAUUGCCUUGUGCUAUACAACUUGAAUGUUAUUUUAACUUAUAGUUUUUGUUUCCUUUUUCUUUUUUUUUUUUUUUGUAUAUUUAAUUAAGCCAAAUGCAGCCAGAAUCUACAGUAGUGUGUUAGGUCAUAAUGUCUUGCUGUCAAGCAGAACUCACCGGAUCACUGAAUUUGCCAGCGGGUGUGUCACAGGUGUAUCAAAGCCAGCUGCAAAAGCAUGCAACAAGUUCUGAAUCUGAAGUGUUGGUACAUUUAAACUCUCUCUGGUUACGCCCAGUUUAGACUCUUAAUCAUACACUCUGUAACUAUUAAACUAGUUUCAGUUAGUUUACCUGUGACAAGCUGGUUUUGUUGCUUAGUGAUACACCCAUCUGUAAUUAUCUCCACUGAAGCAUGUGCUCCCAUCUCAUUUUCUCUCAGCUUCACUGUCUGUAAUAGUGUCAUUUCUCUAACUCUGGAUAAUACUGGCAUGUUUUUUUUUUUAUCUUCAUCAGAACUGUAUUUUAGGCCGUUUGUGCUUACUACAAAAUAACAAGCUUUUUAAAUUAGGUGAUAUGAGAUUUUCAAUGAAUAUGAUCAAAAAAUAAACUAUUUACAUUGGAUAUAAAAUUGUUUACACAGUCAUUUUGUUUGGUCUGAUCUUCUGGUGUAAUGAGUGUAAUAUAUUAAAGGUUAUAGCUGG